AUGUUCCGACCGGAAAUGCUCCGGCCCAUGGGGUUGCCGGAGGACGUGCGGGUCAUCGCCUGGGGGCUCUCCCUAGAGCGACCUACCAUGAUCAAAUACAGAAUCUCGAACAUUCGGGAGCUUUUCGGGCACAAGGCGGCCUUGGACCGGACACGCGCGGCGCCGAUAUGUCAAUUCUAA